AUGGAUCAUCGCAUGUGUGGAAGGUUUGAUCAUUUGAAAAUUUUUUUACCCGAUGAAUUAAACACAUCUACAGAUCGCGACUUUCAUGCUAAUGGGGAUAUUAGGAAUUAUUGCCCUAAUGGAAGUUCAGAAACUAAAGAAUGCAAUACUAAUCCCGAUAAAAUUAAGGCGGGAUUUAUAUGGUUAUUUGAACAAAAUAUUGUUAACAGGAUUAGUAAUUUAAGCAAAGAACAAACUGACAUAUUUAUUAUAUACAUUAUUAUAUGGUUCAAUUAUAUGUUAACUCUAAAACCAGAUAAUAACACCAGCGAUCUAAAUGAUUUUUAUACUAAAUAUACAGAAGAUAACACGCAUUAUUAUUAUUGUAAAAAAAAAGAUGUUAAUUGUAAUAGUAUAUUAAAAGAUAAUCUGAAAUAUAAUAAUUUUAAGGAAAUCAUAGAUAAAAGAAAGGAUUUGUUAAAUAUUAAUUUUGAUGAUAUGUCUAAAUUUUAUGAUGCAUUUAAAUUAUUAUGUAAAAUGUAUACUGAAUUUGAUGAACACGAUCCCAAAUGUACGGAAUAUUUGAAAAUAGCUAAUCAAUUUGUUGAAAAAUAUAAAGAACUUAAUGGAUAUUCUGAUAUUACUGAAGGUAGUCUCUAUUAUCAAGUAUGGUCUACUUUAUCAAAUGAUUAUGAUAAUUUUAAAAAGAAAUGUAAUGAUUCUAAAAGUUACAAUUUUCCAUCCCUUCCACCGAUAAAAAAAACACAAACUCCUUUAGAUAGUUCUGAGGAUAAUCAUGUACAAGAUUCUGAAGUUGCAUCAUCAAGUUCGUCGAUAGCAAACAAAUUAUUUAUAGUUUUAUCGAUAUUUGGUGCAAUAGCAAUUUUGUUGGGAAUUUCUUAUAAGUAUUCGUUAUUUGAAUUUCGGAAACGAUUUCAAAAACAAAAAUUAAGAGAAAAAAUAAAAAAAUAA